AUGAGUGAAACUUCAGAGGUGUCCAAGAACUCGACUCAGGCCGGAGUGGACGAGCAGGACGCUCAUUUAUUCGUGCUAGUUCACGGGCUUUGGGGUGGUCCAAAUCAUAUGAGAACCAUAGAAUCCACAAUAACUGAUUUAUUACCUGACAUAUCCAAAGAGAAAAUAGUCACCUUGAAGCCGUCAAGCUUCAGAUUCUGGAAGACCUACGAUGGGUUGAGACUUAAUUCGCAAAAGGUCAUAACUGAAAUCUUCUACGAGAUCGAAGCCUUGAAAGGCAAUAACUUGAAUGUGAAGAAAAUCAGUUUCGUAGGAUAUUCCUUGGGUGGUUUGAUUUGCAGAUAUAUCAUUGGGCUAUUGAAUGAAAUCAACUUUUUUGAUCAUGUUGAGCCUAUUAUUUUCACAACUUUUGCUACUCCUCACGUAGGAAUCGAGUUCUUCAACAAGAAUAUCUUUGACUCAACUGCAAACAAAUUAGGAAGAUAUUUAUUCGGAAAAUCCGGCAGAGAGCUUUUUCUUCAUGAUACCCAAAAGGCAUUGAAAGACAUGGCAGAUCCUGAAAAGUAUUUUUACCAAGGGUUAGAGAAAUUCCAAAAGCACAUUCUCCUAGCCAAUAUCAAGAAUGACCGGUCAGUGGCAUUCUAUACCUCCUACAUCACUGAGUAUUCCCCAUUCGAUGAUUGGAGCUUGGUAGAGAUCAAGUAUCUAUCAGAUUUACCAACGGCAAGGAUAGGAAAGUCUCACGUCAAGCCUAAGUUUGUCGAUUUAACUCAAUCAAAUCUUUUAACAAAGACUGAAGCAGAAGAUUUUGCGGGAAAUAUUCAGGAGGAAACGUCAAUUCUAAGAAGAAAUAAGAUCAUCAAGGUUUUGGUUGUUAUUGCAAUCACUUUAUUCUUCCUUCCAAUUUGGAUCCCAACCAUUGUCAGCACCAGUGUGUUCGUUUCUGUUUACAGUUUGUUGAAGAUCCGAAUUGUUACUGCUCCAAACAUUGAAGCGCAUUGGGCAAGAGUCAGAGAUUCAGUUUUUAGGGGAUCUCCUGUAGAUCCCCAAGACGCAAAGGUGGGGCAAGAUAGAAGAGAUCAAAGAAGAAGGUUGGCCAGACACGAGUCAUUCAAAGGUGAUACCUCGCAAAUGACUGAGAACGCGUUGGAAAAUUUCAUGUAUGCCGAAGAACGAUUCCACAGACGCUCAAAUGCAGGGAAUGACGACAAUAUCAUCGAGGAAGAAGAUGGUCAAGAUGAUGACGAAGAGGAGGAGCUAACUACGGUACUUGGUCGUUCGAAACACAUUGAGAUUGAUGUUCCUGGAAAUGACGGACAAGCCGUAGCACACCUCGAAACCUUAAGACUUAAGGAUCUUUCUAAAUUUCCGUUAUUCACUGAGCAGGCAAAAUUGGCUAUUGGUGCAGACAAGAAGUUUAUUAUCGAUAAUCUCAACCAGCUCAACUGGAUCAAGAUUCCGGUGUAUUUGGAUUGCUGGAACGCCCACGAUGCUAUUGUGAGCCGUAGGGGCCCACGUACCAAUGCCAAGGGAACCUCUGUGAUUGGAUUGUGGUGCUCAAUUUUGCGAAACCACUUGUCGGGCAAGGAUAAGACUAGCUAG